AUGAGGCAGGUCCGAGACCAAGCCAGGAAGCCCAGCCAGCAGGUCCGAGUCAGGAUCAGAGUCAGGAUCGAGGAGGUAGAGGAGGAUGAUGAUACUGAAUCACGAGAGGAAGAAGAGAAGGAAGAACUGAAAAACUAUUCAAGAAGAAAGAUUUUUUCCAACUGGAGCCGCUAUGAGGAUACAGAAAAAGAGGGACAGAGUGAACAUGGGGAAUCACAGAGAGGAGCAGACUUCAGUGUUUUGCUUAGCUCAGCAGGAGAUUCCUUUACACAGUUCCGAUUUGCUGACGAGAAAGAAUGGGAUAGAGAAAGCAUAUGCCAUAAGCAGUUAUCUGCACUUUCUGUUGACUGCCAGUCUUUGGUCCAGGCCCUUCAGGAAUUGCCUCUACAUCUGAGGUUGAAUAUAGCUGCUGAACUUGUGCAGGCAUCAACACCUGUAGAGCUCCCACAGAUGAAAUCUAAAAUUACUGAAGAUGGUAAGAGGAGAGAGCUUCUGUUCCGACAGUCUCCGGCUCAAAGUGAAAUGGUGUUGGUCUCCCAUCCCAUUGGUGAUUCUGUUGCUCCAUCAGAGCCUGGAAGUAAAAAUGGUCCUAGGGCAAGUGCAGCAGAACCAUUUCAUAGAGCCCAUCCACUAUCAAAGCAAGAGACUGACCACUUGGAUGAAGAACUAGAUCGUCUCCUAAAUCUAGAUGCUCCCAUUGAUAAAGAAAACAGACCCGUGUCAGGUGCAUUAUCCUACAACAUAUCAACUGAGAAAGAUUUGAAAAUGGAUUGUAAGGAAAAUGACCCUUUAAAACUAGACAUGCCUGAAGAGAAGAGUGCAGCGUCACAGCAACAGCAAAGCACAUCUAAAAAUGUUACUGAGGAAGAGCUUGAAGAUUGGCUGGACAGCAUGAUUUCCUGAAGCUCAAAUUUGCUUAUGUGAAUAACUGAAUACAGCAAACAUUAAGUACAAAGUUGAAUCUUCCUUUAGCUCCUUGAUAUUUCCUUUAUCUGUUUCACUUUAUUUGGUAUGCCAAAUGCUCCGUUUUCUUUGCU